AUGGCGGAGGAAGUCGAUUUGAGCGCGUCGCGGGUCACCACCGUGACUAUAUGCUAUUCGGUUCCCAUUCCAUUCAUGAUUUUGUUUACUGGGCUCCGGCUUUUCGUGGUACUGCGACCUUCAUCCAAAGAUCCGUUGAGCUUUGAUGAUUAUAUGAUUACUUUUUCCACGGCAAUAUCCAUUGGACUCUGUAUAAGUGGCUUGGUGUAUGGUCCACCCUACGGCUUUGGGAGACAUCAAGCGACGCUCAGUACCCAUGAAGUCCAAGGUUUCUUGCGGGGCGACUAUAUCUUCAGCCAUUUCUACGAUUGGGCCAUUGCAAGCAUUAAGCUUUCAAUUCUUGGGCUUUACUAUCGCAUUUUUAGCACGGUCGUUUUUCGGCGAGUUAUCAUUGGCACCGCAGUCUUUAUUUUUUGCUGGCUCGCAGCGAUGGAGAUCGGCCUAGGGCUACAGUGUAUCCCCAUUGAGAGAAGUUGGGAUUCGGAUGUUAAGGGGACCUGUAUAAAUCUGGUGGCCUUCUCCUACUUCACCAACAUCACGAACCUGGUCAGCGACAUAUGGGUCUUUCUUCUUCCCCUACCGAUUAUCUUCGGACUGCACGUUAAUCGAAAGCGAAAAUUGGAGAUCGCUGGUGUUUUUGCCAUUGGUCUAUUCACCUGCGGCGUUACUCUUGCUCGCUUAACCGUUGUGGUCUCACAAGGGUCGUCGGACUUCACUUGGGCUGGUGUUCCGCUCGGAAUCCUGUCUAUAUACGAAGUACUUUGUGGAAUCGCCUGCGCGAAUCUCCCCUUUCUUUACAAACUAGCAAUCGGGCCUUUCAAGAAGUCUGCCUCUUACCACUCACGUAUCGGAGAGUCAGAGUCCGGAGCAGAGCUACACCCGAUUCAUUUUGCGCGCCCGGAUUUUGAAUUCCCCCAGAAUGCACCGAUCUUGGUCCGCAAAUCCACGGGUUUCUUUUACCACCUCAAUUCAAGGUCAGACCAGAGUUGGGACAAGCCGGAUUUCCACCUUUAUACCGCCGGUCGCUGGCUGUUCAACGAGACUCAACAGCUAGCUGAAAGACGAGUGAACUUCAAUUUUGAUGAACUCGUGAGAGUUGCCAUGGAGAGCCUGGAUUUCGGCCCCCAUGUCUGCACGGAAGUGGAAAAGCUCCCCGACGGAAACUACAGCAAAGCAUUCCUUCUCACCACGGAAAGCGGACAUCAACUCGUAGCCAAGGUUCCAAAUCCGAAUGCUGGUCCCCUUUUACACAACUGCGAGUGA